GGAAGAAAUUAUUACUAGUACACCGCAAAUUACGCCACAUUCUUCAAAAGAUGUUGGUCAUCCAGCAUUGAACGAUAUUUUGCCCGAACUCGAGAGGUUAUCAAAAGAAGCAUUAUCAUGA